AUGUCGGCGUGCGCGGCCCGCGCCGCCGGCGCGACCGCGACCUCGCGCGCGUCGCCGUCGCCGUCGCCGUCGACGUCCUCGCGUCGCCUCCUCGCGUCCUCCGCGUCUCGAGCUCGCGAUUUAGGGAUACCGCGACCGCGCGCCGCGGGAGCGGCAGCGGCGGGUGCGUUCUAUACACUGGUCCCCAUACGACCGCGUUGGCGAGGUGGACGCCGAUCCUUAAGGACUUUGCCCGUCGCAUCUCUUCGCGCGCACGACGUGGGAGGAGGACGUCGUCGUCUCGUCGCCGUCGCCGCCGCGUCGUCGUCCACGAUCGCCGGCAUCGACCUCGGCACGACCAACUCCGCGAUCGCGAUCGUCGUCGACGGCGAGCCCGUCGUCGUCCCGGACCCCGCCACGGGCGCGAACACGAUCCCGUCCGUGGUGUCGUACCUCGCGAGCGGCGACGUGCUCGUGGGGAGAGACGCGCUGCGGCGGCAAAACGCGGACCCGAAGAACACGUUCGGCAGCGUGAAGAGAUUCAUCGGCAAGCGCUUCGACGACGCGCUCGCGAAGGAGGACGCGCGGCGGGUGCCGUACGACGUCGUCGCCGCGAAGGCGGCAACACGAGGAGGAGGAGGAGGAGGAGGAGGAGGAGGAGGAGGAGGAGGGAGCGACGCCGCCGCCGCCGGCGGCGGCGACGUCGUAGGGCUCAGAUGCCCGGCGUUGGGUCCGGACGCGGUUCUGACGCCCGAGGAGGUCUCUUCUCGCGUCCUCCGCCGCCUCCUCGACUCAGCGGAAGCCUUCGCGGGCGGUGCGAAGAUCACGCGCGUGGUGAUCACCGUCCCCGCGUACUUCGACGACGCGCAGUGCGACGCGACGAUCGCCGCGGGCGAGCUCGCGGGGCUCGAGAAGGUGAAGUUGUUGAGAGAGCCAAUCGCGGCGGCGUUGGCGUACGGCGUGGGCGCGUUCCCCAGCCAGACCUCGUCCCAUACGACCGCGUUGGCGAGGUGGACGCCGAUCCUUAAGGACUUUGCCCACGUCGACGACGACGAGACGGUUUUCGUCUUCGACUUGGGCGGCGGCACUUUCGACGUGUCCGUCCUCGACGUCGGCGGCGGCACCGUCGAGGUCCUCGCGACCGGCGGCGACGCGCACCUCGGCGGCGACGACUUGGACGUCGCAAUCGCGCGGUGGCUCUCGAAGGAGGCGAGGGCGCUUGGCGCGGGCGUGGAUCCGAGGGGCGCGACGCUGGCGGCGCGUCGCGCGCGGGAGAAACUCUCGGCGGCGAUGUCGGUGGACGUCCCCAUGCCCGGCGGGAAGAAGAAGACGCUCACGCGGCCGCUGCUCGAGAAGGUGUGCGCGGGGGUGCUGCGCGAGCUGCGGCUGCCCGUGGAGAUCGCCGCGGACGCCGCGGGGGUGAACCUGGAGGCGCUGCAGUCGAACGCGUCGAAGAAGAAAAACGGCGGCGGCGGUCGAAGAGCCGGGCGGCCGUUCGAUCACAUCUUGCUCGUCGGCGGCGCGACGAAAACGCCCGCGGUGCGACGGUUCGUGGAGAACACGUUCGGGAGGAGAGUGAAGCCGGGGUUGGUGAACCCGGACGAGGUCGUCGCGCUGGGCGCCGCCGUGCACGCGGGCGCGCUGGAGGGCGUCGUCGCGGAGGUGGAGACGUUGGGACCGAUGCAGGCGAGUUUGAUUCGAGCGUUCGCGCGGCGGAUGCGGAAAGAGGCGGCGGCGGCGGCGAGGGCGGAGGGCGAAGGCGGCGGCGGCGCGGGGGACGAGUGGGACGAGGACGCGAUGGCCGCGGCCGCGGAGGCUGCGGGGUUGGACGUCGUCGACGACGAGGACGACGACGACGACGACUGGGGCCCGGACGACCUCGACGACUUGGGACCCUUCGAGGAGGAGGAGGAGGAUGCGGAGGACGCGGCGGCGGCGACGGCGGCGCGGUCGUCGUGA